UGGCCCGGGGCGCGGGUCUGGCCCCGGGGCAUCGAGCAGGAAGUGGCCACGCCGCGGCCCGGGCGCGGCCUCCGUGGGGCGCGCCUCCUCCCGGGAGCCUCGCGGAGCUUCGGGGCCAGGAGGCGGCCGAGCCGGAGCCCGAGCGCCGGCAGCGAGACCUAAUGGCGGCGCGGGCGCUCGGAGGCCCGGGGGACGCCCUGGACGAGCUGUCCCGGAACUUCACGUACGGGGCGCUGGGCGCCGGCAACGGCUCCCUGUCGCGCGCGUGGUACCGCAGGAACCAGAUUCACCUUUUUGGAGUUUUCCUGGCCAUUUUAGGAAACCUGGUGAUCAGCAUUUCCCUAAAUAUCCAGAAAUAUUCUCACCUUCGGCUGGCGCGGCAACAACACCCAAGGCCGAUCUUCAAGAGCGUGCUGUGGUGGGGCGGGGUUGCGCUGAUGGCUGUGGGGGAGACCGGGAACUUCGCAGCCUACGGGUUUGCGCCUGUGACUCUCAUCGCUCCGCUGGGCUGUAUGUCCGUCACAGGUAGUGCCUUUAUUUCUGCUGUGUUUCUGAAAGAAAAUCUGAGAGCCUCUGAUUUACUAGGUAUGACGUUGGCAUUUGCAGGAUCAUAUUUAUUGGUGAACUUUGCUCCAAACAUAACUCAGGCGAUCUCUGCAAGAACGAUACAGUGCUACUUUGUUGGGUGGCAGUUCCUGAUCUAUGUGAUUUUAGAAAUAUUAAUUUUCUGCAUUCUCCUAUACUUCUAUAAAAGAAAAGGAAUGAAGCACAUCGUAAUUCUGCUAACUCUGGUGGCACUUCUAGCCUCAUUGACUGUUAUCUCAGUAAAAGCUGUCUCAGGCAUGAUCACUUUUUCUGUGACGGAUAAAAUGCAACUAACUUAUCCCAUCUUCUAUAUAAUGUUUAUCAUCAUGAUAGCAUCUUGUGUUUUCCAAGUCAAGUUCCUAAAUCAAGCCACAAGACUCUACAAUACAGCGAUCGUGGUGCCAGUUAACCAUGUCUUCUUCACAACCAGUGCCAUCAUUACAGGUAUCAUCUUUUACAAAGAAUUCCUUGGUGCAGCUUUUCUCACUAUAUUUAUAUAUAUUUUGGGGUGUUUGCUGUCAUUCCUUGGUGUGUUUUUGGUCACAAGAAAUCGAGAAAAGGAACUUCUGCCACAGUCUUACAUUGAUUUUGGAAAUAUUCCUGGGAAACAAACGCUGGAUAAAAUACAACCAGAUCCAAACGGCUUAUCCUAUGGAACGCUGCCUGAUGGAAGUGACUCGACACAGAGCCAAAGUGGAGAGAAGAAAGAGGCCUGAAACGCCGAGAGGGGCGGCUGCGGGCCGCCACCCGAUACCACCUCCUUAAGAAAUUGCACAUGUUCCGUUUGUGGCAGCAGCUAUUCAUCGCUGACAUGAGCUAGCACGAGCCCCAGCCCCAGGCCCCGCCUCCAUCUCUCUGCACACUCGGGCCUUCCUAAGCCCUGACAGUCUCAUGUGCUCAUGGAACGCAGCUCGAAGUGCGCCCCGAGUCACGGGCCUCUCCCUGGUGACCGUGUGACGGCUACGUCUUCAUUACAGCCUGGCUUCCCGCGCAGGAACGCCACACAGAAACGCGCACCCACGACUUGGCCGCAGAACACAUGGGCUGCUUUCCCCGCAGGGCUGUGGUGGCAGUUGCUUGGCUUUAAAGAGACACUUCACCCCACAGCCUUACUCCUGAACAAAGGUUUGGGAGCAUUCCUUUUUGAAACUCUUAACCGAGGUUCCUAAAUAAGAGCAGUGAGUCAUCUGUUUUGAAAACCAGCCCUACCUGUAGCUCUCCUUUACAAAUUAAGGGUGUCUUUAAAAUUAGAAUUUGUAAGUGGCAUUCUGUGACGGGGCAUACCAAAACUAAAAGACCUUGGCUGGUGGACUUUUUAAGCAAGAGAAAAUUUAAGAACCAGGGCCAAUUUUUUAAAAUAAAAGUACAGAAUGAUGGCAUUUCUUCAGCUGUGAGGUCCUAUUUACCUUCACUGAAACUGAAGGAAAAAAUUAAUAUUCUAUGCCUUCAUUUGUUUAGCUGUUAAAAUUUGUCAAGUGGGUUUAUAUGUUGUAACUCUUAACAUGUCUCAAAAAUCAUACUUAAAUUCUUGCUGGUAUUUUCACUAACACACUGUUGCUCCCCUAAGUCAUUAUUUCAAGCCUUAUACAUUCGCCCAGGCCAAAGGGAUGAUUAGAGAGAAUUGGAUUCCAGCCAUUUAAACCUCAGACAAAGCUACAGCCAGGCGGCCCAUCCACCCACCCGCGCCUGGAGAGGAAGCCCUGGGCUCCUGUGCCCUGAGUGGCUUUUCUGUUGCCGCGAGUCACAACCUGCUGAGAUAACAUUUGCACAAUCACCCAUUACUUAUGAUCUACCUAAUAUUUCAAUGAGAAGAAAAGAGUUAACCUUCCUUGUAGCCAUAAGCAAUAAGCCCUGUGCUUCAUUAAGGACUUUCGGAAACCUUCAGGUCACUUCUGAUGAGUCUGUACAAUGAGGUUCCAGGUUCCAGACAAUUGUUUUUGCAUUUGUGCAGGGUGUUGAACUCAGACCCAUAGAGACUAUAAUCUUAAUCAUUGCAGGCCUUUUAGCUUUGUUCUUUGUCAUACCCCACGCUCCUGAUCAGACCAACCAAACCUGGCCACAAAGGCAGGAUUCGAAUCCAUCUCCGAUGUAUGCAUAAUGACUUAGAGCCCAUGUCUGGCUUUGGGACUCCUGGUAAGAAUUCCGACCAUUGCGGAAUGUGUUCCAUUAAUUCAAAUAAAACAGUCAUAAUUUAUGGCAUGUUUUUCUGAAUUGGUCCAACAUGUUGGCCCAGGAAGGCUCAGCUAAGAAAUGUGUCCGGUGUCUUAAACUACAGAUUUCUGGUGACUCUUAAGACUGGUUCAAAGAUUGGGAAAAUAAUGAGACCAAAGAGUUUGACUUAAAGCAGGAAUGUAUUUAUAGCUACAGCACAUGGUUUUGAGCUUUGGAGAAUUUUGCACAGACGCAAGCACAAUACCAAUACUUUAGUGAUCACCCAUACUUGCAUCUUUUUAAGAGUUUUGAAAAAAAACAUUGACUUAUGCACCUUUAAGCCAUGUAGCAAUGCCUUAGAAGUUCAGGUAACAUAGAAACUGUUUUCAGGCUGAAUGUUACUUUCCAUAUUGCUGCUCCAAAAUAAGGUGAAUAGGAAUUUUAGCUGUGCUGGGCUGUAAAGAUUUUUUAAAUUACACAGUGCAUGACAACCACCAAAGCCAACCCAGCCCUUCUUUUGGCAUCAUGAAUGGGGGACCUUCAGCCAGCACUUGACUCAUCUGACUAUGUGUCUAGACCAAGGGUCUGCAAAACUUUUCCUUUAAUGACCCAGAGAGAAAAUGUUUUGGGUCUGUAGGCCAUACAGUGUCUCCACUACCCCACUCUGCCGUUGUUGCAUGAAAGCAGCCACAGGCAAUGUGUAACGGGUGAGCCUGGCUGUGCCAGUAAAACCUUAUUUACAAAAGCAGGUGGCCUGUCCGCGGGCUGUAGCCAGCAAACCCCUGGUCUAGACUCCCCCGCCCUUGCUACGCAGCUUCGUUCUUGUUCCUUGGGCACCCGAGAGCUUAAAAAGCCACAGUUCAUGUUCGUGACAAACCAAAUACCGUGGGAGUGUAGAACCACAUCUUGACAUUUACGUCAGGAUCCUUUUGCUUCUAGAGGAUACAAAUGGUGGCCACGACUUCACUGCUGGUGCCAGAGUUCCUCUCUGAAAGGCAGUGGUCCUUCUGUGAGUACUACUGCCUCCCUGGAAGAGUCUCUCCAGUCCCACACGCCCACUCAAUAAUAGCUUCAGAAAUGGCUCGGAGUUGCCUCUCAUGUAAUAGAUUAAGCAGAAGUCUUUACCAUCUGGCUGUUUUCAGUUUAAAUGUCUUCUUGCCUUAUAAUACUUUCGCUACCUUGAAUCACCUGGAAAAAAAAAAUGCAAUAAAAAACUUCUCAAGCAGUGA